GAUAUGUGUUGAAGUGCAUCUUCUCAAAAAUUCCCAUUAAAAUUCUGCUUACUGCACGAAAAUGAGACUUAAAAUCAUUUUGGGAAUAUAUAUCAUUUGCGCUACCGGUUCCUGCUAUUCUGAGAAGAUCACAGACAACAAUGUUCCAGCAGUUGACACAAAGGAUUAUGAUUACGGCGAAGAAGAACAAGGUCAAGAAUCUUUUAAAGUCCCAAUGGUUUUCUGGCCAGAAGACAAUCCUAAUGUUAAUACUAUAGAAGAUAAUAGAAUUAUUGAAGAUAAUGAUAUAAAUAAUAUAUCACAAUGUCCAGAUAACAACCCCUGUGAACAUUAUUGUAGUUAUUAUUAUCAACAAAAACCGUUAUGUUGGUGUUAUCCUGGUUAUAAGAUAAAAACAGAUAAUAUUUCGUGUGAAGAUAGAAAUGAAUGUGAAGAAGGACUGUGUUUAAAUGAUGGAAUUUGUACCAAUACACUGGGGUCAUUUGUCUGUAAUUGUAAACCUGGAUUCUACUUAGAUCCGUCUGGUCGCUGUGUUGAUAUACCGGACUGUUUAGAUGAACAUAUUUGUGGAGAUGAAGCAGCCCGAUGUGAGGAGGUACCAGGAUCUUAUAAAUGUAUCUGUAAUCCAGGAUUCAAGUACCGGGACGGCGUUUGUCAAGAUUUAAACGAGUGUUCAGUGGUAAAUUGUGAAGAAAAGAAAGUUUGUGUGAACACUAGAGGAAGUUAUAAAUGUCAGUGUGCUCCUGGUUAUAAAGAUGUUUAUGGAACUUGUCAAGAUAUCAAUGAAUGUAGAAUGGGAGGUAAGGCCUGCCCUGAUGAAAUGUUGUGUAAAAAUACAGAUGGGUCAUAUAUAUGUACAUGCCCUUUAGGAUUCCGCAAACAUGCAAACCAAUGUACAGAUAUAGACGAGUGUGCCGAGAAUAUACAUACAUGUCAUCAUUAUGCUUAUUGUGGUAACGUUCCCGGAUCCUUUUUCUGUCAGUGCGGAAAAGGAUUCUCCGGUGAUGGACGAAAUUGUUUUGAUGUCAAUGAAUGUGAAAGAAAUAACGGCGAAUGUUCACAUAUCUGUAUAAAUUAUCCUGGACAUUACAGAUGUUUAUGUGAACAAGGGUUCAGAUUAGAAAAUGAUGGUAUAACAUGUACAGAUAUAGACGAAUGUGAGAAGAAUAACGGUAAUUGUCACCAACUGUGUGAAAAUACAGAAGGAUCUUUUACAUGUAGUUGUAGAGAUGGUUAUACUCUUCAUAUUGAUGGCAAAACAUGUGUAGAUAUUAAUGAAUGUUUGAUUGAUAAUGGUGGGUGUUCUCAAAUCUGUACAAAUACUAAUGGAAGUUUUAUUUGCUCGUGUCCUUCACAUCAAGUUUUAGAUGAUCAAUCCCAAUGCAGACCUAUAAUGAGUUGUGCGGAUAAAAAUGGAGGGUGUGGUCAGAAGUGUCAAGAUUUAUCUGAUGGCAGUAUGUUAUGUAGUUGUAUUGAUGGAUUUUAUUUACAUGAUGACUACAAACAAUGCAUUGAUAUAGAUGAAUGUAAAGUAAUGAAUGGUGGCUGUGAACAGCAAUGUAUCAAUACACCUGGUAGUUUCCAAUGUUCCUGUUAUUCUGGUUACAAACUUCUUAUUCAUAGAGAUAAUGUCCACAAAUGUGAAGCCAUCUGUGAACCUAAGUGCAUGAAUAACGGUAAAUGUAUUUCACCAAAUCAGUGUCUCUGUCCCGUUGGCUAUCCUGGUCCAAGAUGUACAGCAAGAUGUAAUCCACCUUGUGCUCAUGGUGGAGCCUGUCACCGACAUAAUCAAUGUAUAUGUUCCCCUGGUUGGACAGGUCAUGGCUGUAUCACAGCUGUAUGUAGUCCCGGAUGUCAGAAUGGAGGAAAAUGUAUUGCUCCAAACCAAUGUCAAUGUAAAACUGGAUAUUCUGGAUCAAAGUGUCAAACCCCUAUUUGUAUUCCAUCGUGUAAAAAUGGCGGACUUUGCCGUCAGCCAAACGUUUGUUCAUGUCAACAAGGAUUUAGCGGAGUAAGAUGUACUCAAUCUGCCCCAACCUGUUCACCUAAAUGCCAAAAUAAUGGAAGAUGUAUUGGCAUCAAUAGAUGUAGAUGUCCAAGAGGUUUUAGUGGAAGUCGAUGCCAAAAUGCAUUUAGAAGAGGACCAAGCUGUCGACCAGUCUGUAAAAAUGGUGGUAAAUGUCUGCGUGGUAAUCAAUGUGAAUGUCUUGAAGGUACUUCCGGUUUUAGAUGCCAAACAAGCAACUGUAGGAUCGUGACGUAUAAGGAGUCCAUCAAAAGAGGGAUUAGAAUUCCCGUACGGGAAAGUUUCACUGUAAAAUGUGGACGAUUUGGUUGGAAACAAUGUACAGCUUAUAGAAUGGUUCAGAAACAUGUGUUUAAGACAACAUACAAGGUGGCAUACAGAAGAAAAUGUCCAUUAAACUGAAAAACCUGUGGAUGGUAGCUCGUACAGUUCAGUCUCAAUUGUUUAAGAUUUCGUUUUAUUUAGGAUCAUAUUUAGCAAUCAGUAAGGAAUAAUAAAAAUAUUAAAAUCGGUCCAAAAAUUUUUUCUAGCCUAGGUAUGUGUAGGCUAAUUAUGACAUCAAAUGGACAAAUCCCAUUUGAGCAACGCAAUUUUAAAAAAACAUUUACGUCAUAAAUUGCUCAAGUUUUCUGGAAUAAAGGGAACUUCAUUGGUUGGGUUAUCAGAAUGGUUGGAUAUAGAAGCUAUAAGUGCUCCUGAUACAGGCAUACACAGGCUAGAAAACUGUUUUGUAUCCAUUCAAUGAAAGUAUUGAGGUAUAUUGAUGAUCUAUGUUUACUGUUAAUUAUAAUCUUGGGAUUCAAAGCCAUUAUAUCGUGUCUAUUAAACCUGGUUUUCAAUAACAGGUAAACACCAGUAAUGCUCUAGUUAGGAUUUAAAUAUUGUUCAGAGAACAUGUUAUUGUAAAAUCAUUGCUACUUUCACUUUAAUAAUUUGUACCCUAUUAAUAUAAUGUAUAUUACAA